AUGGCGCCAGAAGCACAAGCGGCGGCUUGCGCCCUCUGCGGCGAGCCGGCUAACAACAAAUGCGGCGCUUGCAAGUCGGAUACCUCAUCGCGUCAGUACUGCGGCAAGAUCUGUCAGGUGAAGGACUGGCCGACCCAUAAGAAGGCUUGCAAGGAGGCCCAGAACGCCAACCUCGAGAACAAGCUCGCGCGCGUAGCCAAGAUCGUUCAAUGCGUUUAUUAUGGCUUCCGGGAGAGAACCUGGGCUGUACCUCUGAGCGAUAUCGAAGAUCGCGACGACGUCUUGAUCUUUCACGGUGGAGAGAUGCCGGACGAAUUGGGAUAUCUCGUCAAGUUUCCUCAGCACCUGGUCACAAAUGACAGCACUAAAAGGGCGAUGUUAUGUGCCUGGUCGUGCGACGAAGCACUGGCUUGGAUGCACGAUUUGCUUGCUGCCUUCGCCGAAGGAAUGGAUGUCAAGUUUGAUGAGAUUUCCACCGUUCUAGGCCGUGUUCUCCGAAGGGUUAGUGUUCCCAUUCCCUCCGGUGGGUAUCUCGACAACUGGCCCUCACAUCUCCACGACGUCCUUCGUAUUACCGCUACCAAAUCCAAGAAGCAGUGGAUCAUCGAUCUUAGCGGCGCACAGUACGGGAUCUGUCGAACACUCUGGACCUGGGAAGAAUACAAGUUUGCGUACGCAGCGAACAUUUCGAAAGUGCAGGCUUUCGGCGCCAGCAAGGCUCGAUUCAAACUUGGGGCGAAACUACCAGGCCGUACGUUCUUGAGUCUCGCCGUUGGUGCAAUGGCGGCAGAUCAUAUGAAUGAAGCAGUCAACGAAUGGAAGGUGAAACGCGCCUUGUCUCUGCCAGACCUUACCCGCAUGAAACCCGAGGAGUAUAAGCAAGCCGCCUUGGACUUGCUGGGGGCUAUAGACAAGGAGUUCUACGGGUUCACCAAGAACAACGACUUCAAAGAGGAGUUUGCGGCUGCCACCUUGUACGAAACCAUGAAUCCUGGAAAGAGCGAGGAGCUCUUAGACGAGAUUAACGCUGCAUUCUUGGCUCGAGCCGCUACCCCGUAG